AUGGAAAAAGUGAAACUUGGCAGUAAUAGAGGUAAAGCUAAGCUAUUUGGAAUACUGGUUUGCAUUGGCGGAUCACUUAUUUUUACCUUUUGGAAAGGAGAGCACUUAUUCACAAGUUUUAAGCAGAAGCCCUUAACCCAACUGUAUGACACUGAAGGUGAGUCGAGGAAUCAUAAGGAAAAUUGGGUCAAGGGUGCACUCCUUAUACUAUCAGCGAUAAAUCCACACCUAUGGAAGCUAGAUUGGAAUGUACAGCUUUUGGCCAUUGUAUAUUGUGGAGUUGUGAUAUCAGCAUUGGUAUACUGGCUGGAAACAUGGUGUAUCAGUAAGAAGGGGCCAGUCUUUGCAGCAAUGUUUAGCCCGUUACUCCUUGUUAUUGGAGGGAUCUUUUCAGCUAUUGUUUUUGCAGAGAGACUUUAUUUGGGAAGCUUGAUAGGAGCACUUCUUAUUGUGUACUCUGGGGGAAGAAGACAGACAAUGAAAUGCCAUGCACCAGUAGAAGAGGCUAUGAUGAUGAUAAAGUCUUAG